GCCAGUACUGUUGCCGGGACACCGAGGGUAGCCUUUGUCGCUGUCAACAAUGGCCCCACAGGCCUUCUAGGCAUGAGCCCCUGGGGACCCAGAGGCAGACAUGCAGACCCUGCGGCGGGAGGCUGCCCGGCCCUAUGUCCCCCGGGGGACCCUCGAAACAGAUUUCCCAGCACCUCUGUUCAGCGAUGACUAUCUGUCCCUGGAGGGUCCCCGCUGGACACCGGCCAUCAGGCAGGCAGUGCGCUGGAAGUACGCCCCCAUGGGACGUGACGCCGCGGGCCAGCCGUGGUACACCGGCCUGACCAACUCUGAGUCUCGGGAAGCCUGGUACACGCUCCCGCGGGCCCUGGACAGCCCAUACCGGGAGGCCUAUGCCCGCUGGCACGGCUGUCACAGCCACCGGGAGCGAAGCAUGCCCUCCGCCUACACCCAGCGCCUCCGGGAGACCGCCUGGUACGACCCCGUCCUCCCUGCCCAGUACAGGGUCCCCAGCACGCGGUGGGGGAGCGCGCUGUGGACAGACAGACCCUUCCGGGGCAAGGAAUACGUGGUCACCAGGCACCAGUACCAGACGGAGCCGCCAUGGCAGGGGUCUGACUACGUGCCGCUCCUGUCGGCGCCCCAGCGCCCGCGCUACACCACGCAGAGCCACAGGCAGUGGGACCUGGAACCCUACCGCCCCUCCACCAACCAGCGGCCCCCACCCGUGUACACACCCAUCCGCUGA